UCAAACAACAUGGCGACUGAGGGGCCCGUUUUCUUCUCCUGACGGCGACGUUUCCAGCUCGAUCGGCGCCCGCGUCAUGCCUUUCGGCGUGAAACCGCUCUGCGCGACAUGCAAGACGACCGUGUCGUCCAUGUGGCGCAAGACCGACGCCGGCGACGUGAUCUGCAACUCAUGCGCGCUCCGCGGGCACACUGUGAGCGACGGCGACCAGGCGGCUUCGUCCAAGGAGACCAACGGGGCCAACGGCGGCACGAGCAACGGGUGCCCCUUCACCUUGCGCAAGAGCACGCGGGCCAAGAGCUCCAAGCUAAGACAGCAGCAGCAGCAGGCCAAGGCGGCCGUGCCCAAGGGGAAAGGCCGCAGGGCCAUCUUCAAGCGAGGGCCUCUCAAAGCUCCAACCGCGGUGGCUACUUGUGUGACGAGUGAUUUUGUAUUCUUUAGGGGCACGUACUACCAGGUCGGAGACAUAGUGUCCAUGAUGGAUGAAGAGGACGACACCUACUACGCCCAGAUCCGGGGCCUGCUGCAGGACCAGUACUGCGAGAAGAGUGCGGUCAUCACCUGGCUUAUCCCAACCACUGCCAGCCCCAAGGACCACUUCGAUCCUUCCACCUACCUUCUGGGUCCGGAGGAGGACAUCCCGCGGAAGCUGGAGUGCAUGGAGUUUGUGUGCCACGCGCCAUCGGAGUACUUCAAGUCCCGCAACAGCCCAUACCCAAAGCAGACCCCCGAGGGGCCGCAGUGUGGUUUCAUUUGGACGAGACUGGGACCCCAGAUCAGGCCUGUGCCUACACAGGAGGAGGUCUUUGGGACGUUCUGAGGCCACGGGAGCAUAGGGGCCUCCUGGACAAACCUUGUGCGGUGCGUGCGUGCAUGUGCGUGUGGAUGUGCACAUCGAGAAGGAGAGCAUCUGAACCUGCACGGAGAGGGUAGCGAAGAUGGACGGUGGAGGGGACUUCCCGGAAAGUACAGAUUGCUCACGUUGGACCUUGUGGGCCUUUGACAGGCAUUGAUGUCAGGUAUCGUUUCGUGACUGUUUUGUUCUAUGCGCGGUUGUAGGCGUGUGUGUAAGGAUGUGUAGAAAAGUGUGCGUGUGUCUGUGUGGAUGCUGCAUUAACUGCCUUAGCCCGUAUUCCUCGUUCAUCCACAGUACCGACUCAUUUUAGGACAUUGUGCGAGUCAACAUUCAAUGUUAUCACGGUGAAGCGGGAAACAAUGUCGUCAGUGAAAAUGGAAAACUGCGACGCUCCAUAGGUCACAGCUAUGAAGAAAACAAAAGAAGGCGCUACAUCGUAGUUUGUAUAGAGGAGGAUCGUUAGAGUAGUCGGAGGGCAUGAUCACUAAAGGUCAGAUGUAUGGGCACCAAGAACCUCGGUGGCCACAAUAACACUGAGGUGUAGGCGCGGUAGGUGGGCUUUGAGCUUUUUGGGUUGUAGGAGUGGCAUCUGAAUCCAAAUAGCUGCCAUUAGGAGAAAGGAAGAGCGUCACUUCUAUUGUAUUGAUUCUCUCUCGGUUACGGGUUUCCAAAGCCCACUUUGGAGGCCUGCAACGAAUGGAGAAGUGGUCUGCAGCGCCGUACGAAUCCUCAUUGUGCCUGUACGCAACGACCGGGAAGCUUUUGCUCUCGGGUUUAGAUGCCUGGAAGGGAAAGGUUUUGGUGCCCAAACGUUUGGCUGCCUAGCAGAGACAACAGCCCCUUCCACGAAUGCUCCACUUUGCACCCCGUAAAGGUUACAACGCUCAAUGGGCUGCAUCAACUUUGCUCAAUUGUGUGAGUCGCCAACAGUGUCGAGCCUUUCUGAAGGCUAAGGCACUGAAAAUAAAUCUUGGUUUUCGUUUUCCCACAAGGACGUGCAUGUUUUUGGCUCAAGAAUAACGCCACCUCGUGACAUUAUCUGAGGUUGCAAUGACAUAAUAGAAUGAGUCUGUAAUAAAGUCCAUUUCGGUAC